AUGGGUGGUGGACUUCGUGAAGAGCGGUUCGUCCGAAAGCGUUUGAGGCAUUGGCAAUCUCUGGCCUUGGUCUUUGUGGGCUCUGCUUACUGGACCUUUUCGAUUCCUCAGAGCGAACGUUCCAACACAACCUGUCAGCCUUCGGCGGGCGGUCCUGGACUUCGUGUAAGAGUUGGCAUAAGCUACGACUUUGAGGAGAGCGUUGCUUCUUCCGUUCUCGACAGCAUCAGUCUGAAUCCCGCCCUGGAGUUUGUGUGUGGCAGAGGCGACGUGGCUCCGCAGAUCGAGGCAGAGGUACAAGAGAUGAAGAUUGGUGAGCGACGCUCUUUGACAUUGGAUAGCUCCAACCCAUUGUUUGGGUUCUACGAUGAAAGCAGGCGGAUCUCCGUGCCAGCAUCUGAAUUUUCCACUGCUGAGAUCGGCACUGUCGUGUCAUUGGAGGGGUAUGGAGCAGGGAUGGGACUUGUUCUGGAGCGCGAUGCUCAGACGCUGCUGGUUGACCAAAACCAUCCGCUGGCUGGUAAAAGCGUUAACAUCACUCUGACGCUCUUGAGAUGCGAGAAGGUGCCUCCCCGCGAUGUUCGUGUCAUGUCUUUGGUAGGAGGCGAUGGCCAGACAUUUCCUGCCUAUGGCGAUUGGCUCACCCUGAACUACGAGCUGAGGCUUGCAGGCUCUACGAGAAUUAUCGACAGCUCAAGAGAUGUGGGUCCACUGGAGUACCACUUGGGUUUUGACCAAGCGAGACUUGUGCCUGGUUUCGAAAUAGGAGUUCAGCAAAUGUCGCUUGGAGAAGUGGCCUCGAUACACGUUCCAUCACAGUUGGCCUAUGGAAGCAAGGGCUCGGACAAAGCGAUCCCUGCGAAUGCGGAUCUUGUUUACAAAGUUGCACUACUUGGCAUAAGGUCAAGCCUUGCACCUGCUGUGAAUCUCGGACGAACCAUAUCAGCGGAAGUCUUAAGUUACAGCAUCAGAGCCGGCACGGUUGUCGAGCUUUGCAGUACAGAUGACUACGUAGCACUCUCCAUCGUGACUUUACAGCGCGUCGUCGGGCACCUAGACACCCAAGACCGGCCCAAGACGCGUGGAAAGUCCGAUGAGACUGAGGAUCACGGCCGUUCGUUGGAUUCUCCACUCCGAGCCUACUCACCAGAGGAGGAAAAGAAGCGAGACGCGUCCAGCCGCGAGACGUGCAGACUUCGCUACAAAGCUCCGGAGCUCAUCUUGCGCAAGGAGGAGUACGGAGCAGCUGUCGACAUAUGGGCCACGGGCUGCCUCCUGGCAGAGGCAGUGCUGUCGACGCCGUUGUUCGAGUCAACGGAGGAGGUCGAUCAUUUGUUCCUCAUCUUCCGCCUCCUCGGCACCCCCGGGCCGGGCCACUGGCCCGAGGCGCUGCGCUGCCGGCACUUCUCUCCGAGGUUUCCGGUGUACAAACCGGUAGAUCUGGGUGCCCUGACACGUGCCACGGCACGAGCAGCUGUCGGGGACUGCACGGAGGUCAAGUUGCUUGCACAGGAGAUGGAACACCGCGAGGAUGUAUUGCAGAAACUCUGCUGCAUCGCGAAGAAGCUGCAGGCCCGUGGGAUGGCACUUCUUGCUUCGCUCCUUCGUCUUGACCCGGCCCAGAGGUCCACUGCCGAGCAAGCGUUGCAGUCGACGUUCUUCACGGCCUUGUCCGAGCCCGACACUCCCUCACGAAGGUGGCUCCCUCGAGUACUCAGCUCGACUGGAAGACG